GCCUCCGCACGCAGGAUACAUCCCGCAGCCUCGCAUCGGUACGGCCUGCGGGGUCGCGUGGCUCGCUUUGCUGCCGCUGGGGCCGGCAUGCCAACGCUGCAUGUGGGUCUCGUUGGCUAUGGCCUGGUGGGGCAAGAGCUGGUCGGACAGAUGUGUGCAGCAGCACCCAAGCUGGAGAAAGAGAUCGGGGUGCGCAUCGAAAUUGCCGCGGUGUCCCGUUCCCGCACCAUGGCGCUUCUGCCGGCUGGCACCGCGAGCUUUACAGAGUGGCCGGAAAGUCAGGAGGAGGCGGCAGACUUGAAGAAGCUAGGCCAGCAUGUGGUGGACUUGGCCGCAGCAAGUGGUGGUCGUGCGUUGAUUGUGGACAACACAGCCUCCGAUGCCCCUGCCGAGCUCUACGAGGCAUGGCUGUUGGCCGGUGCGGAUGUCGCAACGCCCAACAAGCGAGCGGGGAGUGGGCCGAUGCCACGCUACGAGAAGAUCAUGGAGGCGUCUCGCAAGAGCGGCGCCCGCUUCCUGUACGAAGCCACGGUCGGUGCCGGGCUCCCCGUUGUGGGCCCGCUUCAGGCGUUGCUCAGAGCGGGCGACGAGGUUGACACCGUUGAGGGCAUCUUCAGUGGCACCCUGUCCUACAUCUUCAACACCUGGAAGCCCGGCGUGAAGUUCUCUGAAGUGGUGAAGGAAGCGAAGGACAAGGGCUUCACCGAGCCCGAUCCCCGAGAUGACCUGGGAGGAACCGACGUUCAGCGCAAGGUGACCAUCCUUGCACGCGAGAUCGGCUUGAAGAUCGAGCUC